UAAAUUAGUUCCUUCAUGAGGAUUCGAACCCCAGCCCUUCACCCUGCAAAUCUCUUCAUUCCUUUAGCUCACCCCCCUAAUUCAUCUAAUCUAAUUCUAAAACAAAAACAACCUCAAUCUCCUGAAAACUCUGAUGACUUUUUGCUUUUCACAGAACUUGGAAGCAGAGAGUUCCUAAUCUUGAGGGGCUUCACAGCUUCCAAUCCAAUGGAAAAAAACGAUGUUGGAAUCACCACAGAGCCAAAGGGGUUAGAAGCUUCUCUGCACAAUUUGCUUCAAAUUCACCACCACAAAUCUCUCAUACUCGCUCACCACACUGAGAAAGCCAAGAAGGACGCAAUGAGAAAAGCAGAGCGUGUUUCGGAUCUGUUGGUGGAAGCUGUGAAUGGUGGGGUGCAAGAUUCCUUCGUCAAUCAGAAGCGGAUUGAGCAUGAAAUUCGAGCUCUUGCUGUUACUAUCACCAGGUUCAUGAAGCAAACGGAUCAGUGGCUUGCUGCUACUCAUUCUCUCAAUACAGCUCUCAAGGAAAUUGGAGACUUUGAGAACUGGAUGAAGAUCAUGGAAUAUGAUUGUAAAAGUAUCACUACAGCUAUACAGAACAUUCACCAAGAAUGACAUUGAAGCUAGUUUAUAUGUAAAUCACCAUGUAAUUCUAAUCCCUUUUCAUUUUUUUUUGUUCUAGCCUCUCAGCAUAGGAUCCAAUAUUAUGCAAUAGUUUAUUAGAUGGCCAGUUGACUCUAUUUUUCAACAAAGUAAUAGGCUUAAAGAAGCCACAAUUGAUUAUUACCCUUAAUUUUAAAUGAUAAGUUAUGUAUUGUUAUUAUCAAGCUUCAUGAAUAUUUAGUUUGAAAGCUUUUCUUC